CAUCCUAUUUGGAUUGUGUGAUUGGUGGCUGUGUGAAGGAAAGACGAUGAGGUUGGGAAUUAGGCCCAUCCUUGUGCCAUGCGCCUGCAAAACUAGUCAGCUGGUGAAAGGGUUGUUCAGUAAGGCCGGCCUGGCAGUUUAGGAGCAUUUGUACAGGCACAGGGAUGUAAUCCAUUAAUUCCACCUGGGAUUUUACUGAACAUACAUUUCCGAAGGAUGCUGAAAAGUCUGAGUGAAGGUUUUUCCAUAAUAACCUGACAUUUUGCCAUAGGCAGCCCAGUUCACCAGAAAACAGAUGCCAUAUUUUGGCCAGUCAAAUCAAAAUGCCAUCUUCAGGAGUCAAGAAAGAGCCUGAGGAUUCCAAAUGCCUUUUGUCUCCAGAAAAAGUCAAAGGCAAGGGACCCAUAGGCCCCUUAUUUCAACAUAAAGCUGAGAAAAUCAUAAUUACACGAAGUGACAGCGUACCAGAUGAGAAUGUACUGCAAAUCACCAUUACAGAAACAACCAUUAUUGAGUCCGACCUGGGAGUCUUCAAUUCUCGAGCCCUUAGCUACCUCAUAUUGUGGUUUUUCUUCAGCUUCUGUACAUUAUUCCUUAAUAAAUACAUACUUACUUUACUUGAAGGAGAACCGAGCAUGUUAGGUGCUGUCCAAAUGCUGACGACAACUUUUAUUGGCAGUAUAAAGAUGUUCAUUCCCUGUUGUCUAUACCAACAUAAAACAAGGCUCAAUUAUCCUUCAAAUUUCCUCAUGAUAAUGCUGUUUGUGGGACUAAUGAGGUUUGUGACAGUAGUUCUGGGGUUAAUUAGCCUUAAAAAUGUAGCGGUUUCUUUUGCUGAAACUGUUAAAAGCUCAGCUCCAAUAUUUACCGUUAUAAUGUCCAGGCUCAUAUUGGGAGAGUACACUGGUAUGAUGGUGAACCUUUCUUUGCUUCCAGUCAUGGCUGGAUUAGCUCUUUGCACAGCAACAGAAAUCAGUUUCAACAUGGUGGGCUUCUCUGCUGCAUUGUCAACAAACAUCAUGGACUGUUUGCAGAAUGUCUUUUCAAAGAAGCUUCUUAGCGGUGAUAAAUACAGAUUUUCGCCACCUGAACUCCAGUUCUACACCAGCGCUGCAGCAGUGAUCAUGUUAAUACCAGCAUGGAUUUUUAUGAUGGAUAUGCCAUUGAGUGGAAAAAAUGGAACGUCAUUUCAUUACAACUGGGAUAUCAUUGUUUUGCUUCUUAUUGAUGGAGUUUUGUUUCACCUACAAAGUGUCACAGCCUAUGCACUCAUGGGAAAGAUUUCUCCAGUAACUUUCAGCGUUGCAAGCACUGUGAAGCACGCACUUUCUAUAUGGCUCAGUAUUAUUGUUUUUGGGAAUAAAAUAACCAGCCUUUCAGCUGUCGGGACUGUACUAGUAAUCAUUGGAGUUAUGCUUUACAACAAGGCCAGGCAGCGCCAGAGAAAGCUGAUUUGCAUGUUGAAUACACAGAACGGAACUGCAGAGACUGAACCAGUAAGUAAACAGGACCAGAAAUCCCAUGAAAAGUAGUUGGAUUGCCAAGCUCACAGCCUCUUUUCACACACUGACAUACAUGGACCCAAAUAAAAUUACAUCUGUACUUCAGAAGACAAUCACAGCCACAUUAUAAACUGAACUCCGUACUUAAAGUACAUUCAAUCCAAAGACUGUGGAGCAAAUAAGGUAAAAAAUAAAACUCUUUGCACUGUUUAGUGCUUUAAAUCUCUAAACUGUUCAUUUUUUGCUUAACAGCACUUAAUCUUCCCCACCUAAUAGGCUAUAUGGACUUUGUCAACAAUGAAGAAGAAUUUGGGAAACAAACUUCAAUAUAAAUUAGAAGUGUUAGAAGUGUUUACUUGUUAAUAUUGGAUGAUAAUACAAUAUUGAGUUGGAAGAAUUUGUAAAUAUUCUGGUAUAACUAGCCCUUGACAAUAAAUGAAACAGGGUGUCAUUUUUGUGCUAAAAUGAAUUACAGCAUAAAAGAAAAAUAAGACCUGGGCCAGUUUUCCCAGUAAAGGAGCUACCACUACAUUUCAGUGCAAAUUUCAAUGCAAAACCAGUGACUAUAAAUGGUCUCUUAUCCAUCUUAUUCACUUAAGUUUGUGAUUGUGUCUGUUAAAUGUCUGCUUUGUUGUCCUGUUUUUAAUGACUUCUCAAAAAAAAAAAAAAUCUACUGUGAGGAUCUGCGUUUUGCAGAUACAGAAUG